UUCUGAUAUCGGUUCAUACCGCCCACUCUCCUGAUUUCAAUCACUGUUUUCGGUCGACAGACUUGAGAGUCGGUCGAAGCCGAAGAAGGACAAGAGCGGCGCAACAGUAUUGGACGGCCGCGUCAAGGACAAGAGGUCUCUACAACCCCUCAGACGUAUACACAAGAUAUGCAAAGGUAGCCGCAGCUCAACGCACAAUGCCGAUUGUCAGGAAUAUGUCGAAGCCGCCACAGAAUAUAUUGCGAGAGAAGCCGUUGCGGGAAGGAUUUGGAAGAACCGCUGUGGGGUGUUGUCUGCUAGAAUGGAAUUGGCCCACCGAUUCAGAAGAGAAUUUGGAUUGAACCGGCCUGUAGCGAAAGCUUUGAUCACAUCGCUGAAACGCCGGAAGGUGUUGUGACCGGGAUGAUUCGUAUAUUCGAAUCAGAAUGUAGGAGGGCACACUGUAGGAGGGCAUAGGGUAGGUACUAUUUUUGUUUUGUUUUGUCGUUUCGUCAUUGAUUCACUGUUACUCAUGACAGAGAUGGGGUGCGACUCUUUAACACCGUAGGGGAUUGAUGUAGUACCCACUAAGGAUUCGUAAUUUGGCGCACACUUCACAAAUGGAGCGUGAAACGAGCGAGACUAUCAGAGUCCUCGGGACAUGAUGUUCGCCCAGAGACGAAGUGUAAUGGAUGUCGGUAUAGAAAAACGUAAUGUUAUGAAUUUCUGGGUAUAGAAAAACUAAAUGUUAUGAAUGGCUGGGUGUAAAAAAACGUAAUGGUAUGGAUCUCAGUAUAGAAAAGCGUAAUGUUAUGAAUGGCCGUCCAAGGGACGCAAUGUUUUGGAUGUCUGUGUAGAGAGGCGAAAUGCCAAGCGUGAAAUAGGAACUUCACGCUAGUUAGAGAAACAAUUAUUUUAAUAGUGAGAUUAGUAGAAGUUGGUGAAAGUUUAGAGUAGAAUUCUGGGCCCAGAUAUUAGUUCACAAUUCGGGGCAGUGAUUGAUUGUGUAUGUCCAGUCUCGUCCGACCGUCCAUCUAGCACUGCAUGGAUACAUCUGAGCCAACUUCGACGUGAUGUACUACCAACUCAUACUGAGUGACGCGGGUUCCCAGCCUCUUGGUUAAAUUGCUUCUAAAAAAAUACGGCGACGACAACGUAGAUUCUACGUUGUGCAGAGUUGAUUGACCUAUAAGCCGGUACAUGUGUGCGCGAAAACCACAAAUAAUCAAGGCCCAGGUAAAUAUAAUAAAUAAAAACCAGGUAUAUGACACAUAAUAAAAAUCAGGUAUAUU